AAAGAAACUCUGCUUCCAAUCCAAAACGAUUUGUCGUGCGAGUCGGUUGUGUUGUGGAGCCCGUGCUCCCCAUUUGAACGUACACUUUAGCUGUUUGAGUUCCCCACUCGCGUAUUUUGUGUGCGGAGUCCAUAGGCGCUGCUCCACCUCGUCACAAAACAUAAAAACAACCAAACGAAAAAAUUAACAAAAGCGCAAAAGACUAUAAAACAAAGUGUGGAAAAGGUUUAGCAACUGCGAAAACGACUUACGAAUUUUCACAACAACUUGAUGUUUGUAACGGAUUUUCCACCAACUUGUAAAAACUGAAAACUAUAGUAAAUGGUGGAUUCUUUUACCUCUACGUUUGCUUCUGCGUCUGCUUCUGCUUCCACCCAUCCACGGAUCCACCGAACCGCAAGUUAUUUUUUGCUGGUUUCUUUUUUGGAUUCGUGCCACUUGAGAUCCCUGACGAGCCGCCGAAAUCACCCGACAAACCCGAAAGCAGCCGAAACCCAUUAAGAGCAACCACGUAGCAUGCGUCUCUUCAAAACGCGCAAAUCCACGGACACCUACAGCACAUUACAACAGCAGCAGCAGCAGCAGCAACUGGAGGGCAGCAGCAACACUUGUCCCAGCAGCAAAGACAACAGCAACAGCAACACCAGAGCAACAUGCAACAACAGCAACAGAUACAACAAGAGCAUUGUGAGCAGCAGCGCGAUAUCGUCGUCUCUGCCUGAUCUGCACGACAAGUCGCCCGUGAUGAUCCUCAGCUGCACCACACUGGCCAGCAAUGGGGCGGUGGCCACUGCCACAUCGGCCACUGCCACAUCGGCCACAUCUGGCGGCACUCUGCAGCAGCAGCAGCAGCAGCAACAGCAACAGCAGCCGUUACGCACGGCCACGCCCACAUGUCUAUUAAGUGGCCGCCAGACCCCAUCGGGCAUAUCGGUGAUGUCGCUGCAAGAGGCCAACACCUUGCACCGUCAACAGCAGCAGCAGCAGCCAACAAUCUAUGUGCCCAUGCCCCAAAAGCUGGGCAGCACGUCGGCCACACUCCUGCUCAGAUACGACAGCAGCAACAGCAUUGCCUCCAUCCAGCAGCAGCAACAGCAGCAGCAGCAGCAACACCAUGCCGCCCAGUACCAGCAAUAUGUGGCACAGCGACUGCAUGCCGCCUCCAGCAGCUGCCUGUACGAGAAGGGGGCGACGGCAGGAGCGUCAGGCAGCCACAAGAGCAGAUCCCUGACACCAAAUGGUCACCUUCCGGACUACAAACUGGUCACAGCCGUGCCAGUUGUUGUCCUGGAUGAUGAGCAAAAGCCCGCACCUAUUCCAGCCAACGAAAUGGGCCACACGCACAACAACAAUAAGAACAGCAGCAACAGCAGCAAUGACGUCAGCAGCAGCCACAGCAGCUCCUCCACGACUGGCUCCCUCGCCAACACCACUCGGAACGUGUUCACCUGGGGCAAGCGCAUGAGCCGCAAACUGGAUCUGCUGAAGCGGAGCGAUUCCCCCGCAUCCCACAAGUCGCACACCGACCUGCGCAGCCUCUUCCACUCGCCAACGCACCACAAGAGCAGCUCAGCGAGUCCCAGUCCCAGCCCCGGCUCGGCCAAGGCAUCCCCGUCACCCACUGGCGGCUAUCAGAGCAGCACCUUGAAGAAGUGCAAAUCGGGACCCAUUGAGACCAUCAAGCAGCGUCAGCACCAGAAUCAAAAUCAGCAGCAGCAGCAGCAGCUCCAGCAGCAGCAGCAGCAGCAGCAUCAGUCUGUGCAGGAUGGCAGCCAGAGUGCUCAUUGCACGCCCACGCAUCAGGUGCACUACCAGGCGGCGGCACGCCCACAGAAGGCGCUGAAGAACUUCUUCCAUCGGAUUGGGUCGACGGGCAUGCUGAAUCAUCGCUCGCACAAUCUCCUGAAGGCCUCGGAGGCGGCCCAGCAGGCCGCGCCGGCAGCCACGACGCUGUACAGGAGCAGCUCCACCAGCCAGCUGUCCAGCUCCUCCUACAUCAAGUGCGACGAUCCCACCGAGGGCCUCAAUCUCCAGCGGGAGCAGAGGGAGCAGCGAGAGCAGAGACUCCCCCGCAUCGCCAGCCUCAAGUCCAGCAGCUGCGACGACAUCGCCAAGGUGAGCAGCUGCCUGACGGCCAGCAGCAGCGGCGGCAGCGCCGUCGUCAGCCUCGGCUCUCCGCCCAGUGGAGGCAAUGCCACGGGCGGCACAGCGGCCACAGGGGGAUCCGGGGGCCAGCACGAUGCAUCGCGUCGGGGCGCCUUUCCCUACGCCUUUCUGCGCUCCCGCCUCUCGGUUCUGCCGGAGGAGAACCACGGCUCGGGUGCGGGCCACCUGAAGCACCAGCAGCACCAGCAGCAGCAGAUGGAGCGGCGCGAGCAGCUGCACCAGGAGAUAGUCACCAUCCUCAGCCGGUCGCCGCUGCCCCACAGAGGCUCCCCCGAGCAGCAGAUGGGCAGAGCGGAUGUGUCGCGCAACGACAGCAUCACGUCCAAGGACUGGGAACCACUUUACCAAAGAUUAAGUAGUUGUCUGAGUUCGAACGAGUCCGGCUACGACAGCGACGGGGGUGUGGGCGGCAGCGGCGGCGGCGGCGUCCGGCAGGGCAAUAAUCUAAGCAUCUCCGGCGGAGAUACGGAAUCUAUUGCCUCGGGCACCCUCAAGCGCAACUCGUUGAUCUCGCUCAGCUCCUCGGAGGGAGUGGGAAUGGGAAUGGGAUCUGGGUCGGGCUCCGGGCAGCGCAACAGCAGCAUCUGCAGUGCUCCCGUUUCCCUGGGCGGCUACAACUACGACUACGAGACGGAGACGAUACGCCGCCGGUUCCGGCAGCUGAAGCUGGAGCGCAAGUGCCAGGAGGACCACAUCGGCAUCGUCCUCUCUCCCAAGACGGUGAUGACCAGCAGCAACGAGCAGCAGUAUCGGUAUCUCAUCGUGGAACUAGAGCCCUACGGCAUGGCCCAAAGGGACGGUCGCCUUCGGCUGGGCGAUGAGAUUGUGAACGUGAAUGGGAAACAUUUGCGGGGCAUCCAGUCCUUCGCCGAGGUCCAGCGCCUGCUGAGCAUCUUCGUGGACAACUGCAUUGACCUGGUGAUAGCGCACGACGAGAUCACCACCGUCACCGACUUCUAUACCAAAAUCCGCAUCGAUGGGAUGAGCACACAACGCCACAGGCUGAGCUAUGUGCAGCGCACCCAGAGCACGGACAGCCUGACCAGCAUGCAGAGCCUCCAGCUGCAGGCGGAGGGCGGCAGGCGGGAGGACGGAGAGCGGCCGAAUGGGGGCGAGGACCAGUGCGACGCCCGGUCGAUGGCCAGUGUCAGCACACUGCCCACGCCCAUGCCCCUGAUGCAGCACCGCCGCAGCUCCACGCCACGCCACUCGCUGGACGUGAGUGCGCCGGAGCACGAGCUGCUGCGACGACGAGCACGCAGCUCCUCAGGUCAGCGCUCUAGCUUGGUUCUAACACCGACACCGCUCUUUAACAACCAAGGCAGCAGCAGCAGCUGCUCCUCCUCGCCCAACCACCGGGCGAGCGAGAAUGCCGACGAGAACGUGUCCUACACGCCCGUCUAUGCGAAUCGAGCGGCGAGCGUGUGCGUGGCCUCCUCGCUGGCGGACGACGAGAAGUGGCAGCUGCUGGCCCGCAAGCGGUGCUCCGAGGGCUCCGCCCUGCCGCCACCCGGCUCUCCCGGCGGCCCCCAGCAGUUCGGCCAGCGCACCCAUUACGCCCGCAACUCCAUUAACCUGGCCAACUCGCACUACCGCUCGCUGCGGUUCGCUCACUCGCGUCUCAGCUCCUCGCGGCUGAGCCUGUUCAUGCAGACGCCGCCUAACAAUCUAACCGAGGGCGUGGCAGCACCCCCAAGCCCCCAAACAACAACCACAACAACAACAACAACUGAUCUCACUAACAACCAGACGCAGCAGCAGCAACACCACCAAUCACUAUACAUCAAGCACACGCCAAAGAGCGUCUCACUAUUCUCGCCUAAUCCAUAUGUUAAUGCCUCAUCCUCACCAGCCUCGGCAUCGGCAUCGGCAACGGCAUCAGCGACAGUCAGUUCCGGCUCAUCUCUGGCACCGCCUGCCGCCGCACUAAUGCAUCAUCGUCCAUCGCUGCCGGUGGCCAAGCUAACAAUUCGCGACGAGGAAAUGGCCGAGGUCAUCCGAGCCUCCAUGAGCGAGGGCAGUGGUCGUUGCACAGCCAAGAGCAUUACCUUCUUCAAGGGUCCCGGGCUUAAGUCCCUGGGCUUCAGCAUUGUGGGUGGACGCGACUCGCCCAAGGGCAACAUGGGCAUCUUUGUGAAGACGGUCUUUCCAUCUGGUCAGGCAGCAGACGAUGGCACCUUGCAAGCGGGCGAUGAGAUCGUGGAGAUCAAUGGCAACUCUGUGCAGGGCAUGAGUCACGCCGAAACCAUAGGGCUAUUCAAGAAUGUGCGAGAGGGCGCCAUUGGGCUGAAGAUCUUGAGAAGAAAACUGCAGAAAGCGAAAUCUAUGGGCACGUAGAGCUUUGUCUUUGGAAUCCCAAUUAACUGGAAUACCUGAUUGUGGACAAACUGCUUUGUUGAACCAAGUUAAAUGUACAUUUCAGCAACUAAGUGAAGCCUUCUUUCGUUUUGUUAUCGUACAAAGAACUAUUCAUAUAGAUGACUCUUAUAGGCACUAGCAUAAACCCAUAACUGUAGCACCUAAGCAAUUGUACGGAGUUACAAUCUAAACUAAAAUCUAUUACUUACCUAGACUCUAUGCUAAGCUUCGAAACGUUGUACAAGUUCAUGAAUAUUAAUAUAUAUUUACUCUAAAAGUG